UGCUUUUAGUGGCUAAUAUUUGAUUUUUCUUUUUUCCUCUCUUGCUAAGAGGUAAAUUUCUUGCUCCUGUGUUUGAAACCAAGUACCCGUUUUCAGACAUGAACAAAGACCAAAAAUCUUAAACUUUGCUCGCAGAUAUCUGCAUUUCUUAUUAUGAUUCCUCUACUCAGAACAAGAAGUGUUGAUUUUUUUAUUAUUUAUUUUUCUUAUUGCAUAGCUAAAAAUCUCAACAGAUCUUGCUGAUAAAGUGAAACAGCUUCUUGUAAAAUUGAUGUUUGCAUCUUUUCGUUACCUUCUUAGUCGUCAGUGAGAUCCUUAGAUGGGUUUUCACAGUGUCUUUGAAUCAUGCUCUAGAAGGUGUUGGUUUGGUGAUACAGGGUUGGGGAGUGAAAAAUCAAUAUUUGCAUGGAAGCCAGAGAAGGUAUUAGUUCUGGGGUUACAGUGAUAGGGGCAGAAGCUCCAUCAGCUUAUCAUGUGGCGCCAAGGAGUGAAGCUCCAAACCAGGUUCAUGUCCCUGAUGGUGGUGGUGGUGGUGGCGGCGGCGGCAUUGGUGGUGCUGCAGCUAUUGGUAUCUCACCGGUAAGUGUGGGGUUGGAUGGAUCAGCAAAGAAGAAAAGAGGUAGACCAAGGAAAUAUGGGCCUGAUGGGUCUGUCACUAUGGCAUUGUCACCAAUGCCAAUCUCGUCUUCUGCACCAUCUUCUAAUGAUUUUUCAUCUGGCAAGAGGGGGAAAAUGCGGGGUAUGGAGUAUAAGCAGUCGAAAAAACUUGGUUUGGAUUAUCUAGGUGACUUGAAUGCAUGCUCUGAUGGUACAAAUUUUAUGCCACACAUCAUCACUGUCAAUGCUGGUGAGGACAUUACAAUGAAGGUGAUAUCCUUCUCUCAACAAGGGCCAAGAGCUAUAUGUAUCUUAUCUGCUAAUGGUGUCAUUUCAAAUGUUACACUUCGACAGCCUGAUUCUUCUGGGGGUACUUUAACUUAUGAGGGCCGUUUUGAGAUACUUUCCUUGUCUGGAUCAUUCAUGCCUACUGACAACCAAGGUACAAGAAGCAGGUCUGGUGGAAUGUCUGUCUCUCUGGCUAGCCCCGACGGCCGUGUUGUCGGUGGUGGAGUUGCCGGUCUUCUUGUAGCUGCCAGUCCUGUGCAGGUGGUGGUGGGAAGCUUUUUACCAAGCAGCCAGCAAGAGCAGAAACUAAAAAAGCCUAAGUCUACUGAUUAUGCAGCAGCAGCAGCUAUUUCUCCGGUUAUUGCAUUGACUCCAACACCGGCGCCACCGCCACCAGCGGCGAGCAAUCCUGAAAAAGAGGAUGUGAAUAUUAAUGUAAUGAGUGGAGCACAUGUGCUGCAAAAUUCAGGAAGUAUUAACUCUAACCUGAGUCCUCCGAAUGCCUUUAGAAGAGAUAACUGGGUGAACAUGCACUCUAUGGCAGACUCAAGAAAGUCAGCUACUGAUAUUAACAUAUCUUUGCCUGAUUGUUAAGUUGAAGAUCAACAACCUCAAGCACUCUUGCUGACAAAGUUCAUGACUCGGCUGUUUUAUUUAAUGUCUACAGUGAUUGUUUCAAACAUGUCUGAUGUCUGAUGCUGAUGUCUAUUACCAUAGGAUGUAGUUUCAGUGUUGUAAGUUGCAGCUAGGUAGAGUAUCUGAUAUAUUAUUUAUCGGCUCAUUAGGUAGAUGCUGCACUCUGCAGUAUUAUGAGUAGGCUAAUUCGGAUGUAAUCAAAACCUGUUUGCAUAUUUAUUUAUGACUGCAUUUGUUGAA